CUAUAAGUAGUUUUUCAAUAUAGGCAAUUUUUCAAGAAAAAUAUAACCUUUAUAAUCAAUUUCAUAUGUUUGGAGCAGAUUUUAUGAUAGAUUAAAAUUCUAAUGUAAGUUUAAUAGAAAUGAAUAGUAAUCCUUAUUUAUUAAAUAGUACAGAUGUUCAUAUUAAAGUAGUUCCAGAUAUAAUUUAAAGCUUUUUAGAUAUUAGUACUGAAAUAUUUAAAUAAAAUGAAUUAUAAG